CUGUGUCUGUGUGUUGGGGGUUGGGGGUGCACUCUGUUCCCCUUUGCUGGGCCGCUUUCUGAGUAUUUCCGGGAGGGGGUGGGGAGAUUUCAGAUAUGUAGGAUGUGUUGGUGUAGUUUUAGCUCCGCCUUACAGAGCUGGCGCGAAAAAAGCCACAUGGGCGAGAGAGAAAGUCAGCGCUGAAAUCCCCUUGUGUGGACUGACUGUCUUUUCACCGGGUGAACCGAACUGCUCAGAAAGGCCGAAAAUAUUCAUUUAUUUAUAGGGAAACAGUUCUCCAAUAUGAUCGGGCAGAAAUCCAUUAUAUCCUACUUCAACACGCGAGCCAAGAAAAGAAGUUUGCUUGAAGUUACAGAAGAUGAUUCGAAGGAGAAAGAGGGCAUUAAUCAGGAGCACGGAGACCGGGCGCCGGGGAAGAGACUGCGGCUGGAGCCCGGGCUGGAGCUGAAGCUGGAGCUGGGACCAGGAGCAGGAGCAGGCGAGGAGCAGCAGCAGCAGCCGGGGGGACCGGCCGAGCCCCGCAUCCCGCUCAGCCCACAGCAACGGUCCCGCAUCGAGAUCAACAAACAAGCGGCUCUGCACAGACUCGCCGCCCGCAUGGCGCCGCCCGGCCUCGCCCACAGCUGGAAGACUGAGCUGCUGGCCGAGUUCACCAAGCCCUACUUCACCAGGCUGACGGAUUUUGUCACGGCUGAGAGGAAGCGCUGCACGGUUUACCCACCGCCUCACCAAGUCUUUGCCUGGUCCGAGCUGUGUGAUAUCGACAAUGUGAAGGUGGUGAUUCUGGGCCAGGACCCUUACCAUGGACAGAGCCAGGCCCACGGGCUAUGCUUCAGCGUCAAGCACCCCAUUGCCCCCCCGCCCAGUCUGGAAAACAUGUACAAGGAGCUGGAGACGGACAUCGAAGGCUUCGAGCGACCUUCCCACGGGGAUUUGACGAGCUGGGCUAAGCAAGGCGUGUUGCUGCUGAACGCUGUGCUCACGGUGCGAGCCCACCAGGCCAACUCGCACAAGGACAAAGGCUGGGAGAACUUCACUGACGCGGUGGUGUCUCGCCUCAACCACAGCCGGGACGGCCUGGUGUUCAUGCUGUGGGGAGCCUACGCACUGCGCAAAGGCAGCGUCAUUGACCGGAGGCGGCAUCACGUGUUACAGACGGUCCACCCGUCCCCGCUCUCCGCCCACAGAGGCUUCUUCGGGUGCAAGCAUUUCUCCCGGACCAACCAGUUUCUGAAGCAAGCGGGGAAGACCCCCAUCGACUGGAGUCUGGCGUGAGUCCGCUCCUGAGGUGGGGGGACGGACGUCGGUGGGAUCACACUGGACACCCAGGACCCUGAAAUCCACAGGUCCACCCUUGACCAAGGGUGGGUUCGAUGUUAAUUGUGGGUCACAGUUAGUAUGUUUAAGGUCUUGUCUAAAGUGAACUGAAUUCUAAAGCCCGCAUUGUAUCUUUCUAAUGUUUGAGGUCUUGUACAAACGGAACUCAAAUCUAAAUCUCUCGUUGUAUGUUUCCAAUGAGUAGUGUCUUACACAAAUGGAACUAAAAUCUAACACCCAUAUUGUAUGUUUCCAAUGAGUAGUGUCUUACACAAAUGGAACUAAAAUCUAACGCACAUAUUGUAUGUUUGCAUUGUUGAGAUUUUGUACAAUCAUAAUUAAAAAGUUAAAAGUUCUGGUUGAACAGAUCUGAGUUAUAAUUUUGUUCGCAUGGUCAGUCCAUCGCUGAACAAAAUAUAAUUUUAUCUGCAGCAUUUCGAGUGAUGAGCCUCUUAAUCUAGUAUGACUAAAGUUUUAAAUAUUAUUUCACUGAACUGUACAUAUUUACAUGCGUUCCGUUGUUGACGUUUUGCUUGCUGUAAAAUUGCUCCAGCAUUUACUUGUGAAUAUGUUAAAUAAAAUUGGUAUUUCAAUUC